UGUAAAUGUAAUAAUCCCCACCUGUAUAAUUUGAAAAAUGCCCCAAACAUCCUCAAAAUGACAUCGUGCUCUUCUGUUUAUCAAUUGAAUGUAAAGAGGUAUGUAUAUAUGUUAAACCAACUCUCUAGCCACUAUGCAAGGAUUGUUGCAAACUACAUGUUCAUUGGCACAAUCAAUAAGGGACUUAAGCCAACUUAGAUACAGUGGAUAAUGUUAGACAAUAGUUACUGACAGAUGUGCAUGAAAUGAAGCUUCGAUUUGAAGAGUAGAAAUAUCAUAUAUAUAAAUAUUAGAGAAAGAGCUAUUCUUCAUCAUUUUAGUGAUAGCGAGUAAUCUGAGGCUGUGAAAUAAAUGUAGAAUAAACUGUAAAAAGUCAAAUAAACUCUUCUUGCCGCAGUGCAUGAAUACUGUCAUUAAUUGGAAGAAUAAGUAAAGCAGCGUAUCCAAUUACAUAGAGUAAGGAUUUGAAUUUAAUUUAUAGUAAUCACACCCGGGAGAAAAGAAGGAACUUCAUCAAAAGUUAAAUACAAUCAUCAAUAAUUUAGAUCAAUAGGAAAAGAUGUUGUUGCAGCCUAAAUAUAUAAGAGGUUGCUUAAUGGUUAUGAGCGAAGAAUAAAAUCACGACUUUGAUUAGAUCACAUUUGAUGUUGACAAUGCUCUGAAACAUUACCUGUCUAAUGCAUUCGAUGUGGUUAUUUCAGAAGAUAAAUUGGUUCGAAUAGUUCAGUCAUUCAAUGAGUAUGUAGAAAUACAAGAAGUGAACCUAAGGGAAGAAUUAGACCAUUAUACAAAAAAAAUUAGGGAGAAUAAGAAAAACCCUCACGAACCUCUCAAUAAAUAAUUUAAUUCAACUUCAUAGAAAUAAUUGUAACCAAAGGAGUCUAAAUUAAUGCAAUCCAUCUAUGAUGACAAAUUCAGACCUACAUUCCAACCAGGUGCAUCGUAAUAUAGACCCAAUUUCAACGACAGCAAGGCCGAUUAAAUCAUGUCAAAGUUUUAUCAUUGAAAUAAAACACUAAUUUUUAUAUUAACA